AUGGCCGGUGCUCUUCAGAACGCAAAGAAGGAGAUUCGUAAUCUCAGAUACAACGAUGACCGUGAAAGCGAGUACGGCCAUGUCUACUCCGUGUCCGGUCCCGUUGUCGUGGCCGAGAACAUGAUCGGAUGUGCCAUGUACGAGCUUGUGCGCGUUGGUCACCAGGAGUUGGUUGGUGAAGUUAUUCGUAUCGAGCAGGACAAGGCUACCAUCCAGGUUUACGAAGAGACCGCCGGUGUCACAGUCGGUGACCCUGUCCUCCGUACCGGAAAGCCAUUGUCUGUUGAGUUGGGGCCUGGAUUGAUGGAAAACAUUUACGAUGGUAUUCAGCGUCCUCUCAAAGCCAUUCAGGCCAAAUCACAGUCGAUCUAUAUUCCUCGCGGUAUUGCCACCGAUGCCUUGGACCGUACCCGAUCCUGGGACUUUAACCCCGGCAACCUCAAGGUCGGCGAUCACAUCUCUGGAGGCGACAUCUUCGGUUCAGUAUACGAGAACUCACUCGUCGACAGUCACAAGGUUAUGUUGCCUCCAAGAGCGAGAGGUACCAUCACCCGUAUUGCUGAAAAGGGCUCGUACAAUGUGGACGACAAGAUCUUGGAAGUUGAGUUCAACGGAGAGACCAAGGAGUACUCUAUGAUGCACACCUGGCCUGUGCGUGUUCCACGUCCCACGGCAGAGAAGCUGUCCGCGGACUACCCUCUCUUGACUGGUCAGCGUGUCCUGGACGCUUUGUUCCCUUGUGUUCAGGGUGGUACAACAGCCAUUCCCGGAGCUUUCGGAUGCGGUAAGACCGUCAUCUCUCAAUCUUUGUCCAAGUACUCCAACUCGGAUAUCAUCAUCUACGUCGGAUGUGGUGAGCGUGGUAACGAGAUGGCUGAAGUACUUAUGGACUUCCCUGAGUUGUCCAUCGACGUGGACGGCCGUCAGGAGCAAAUUAUGAAGCGUACGACUCUCGUUGCUAACACUUCGAACAUGCCUGUCGCGGCUCGUGAGGCGUCCAUCUACACCGGUAUCACCUUGUCUGAGUACUUCCGUGAUCAGGGUAAGAACGUUGCCAUGAUGGCUGACUCAACGUCCCGUUGGGCUGAGGCCUUGCGCGAGAUCUCUGGUCGUUUGGCAGAAAUGCCAGCAGACUCUGGUUACCCAGCGUACUUGGGUGCCAAGCUCGCCUCUUUCUACGAACGUGCAGGUAAGGCUACUUGUCUUGGUUCCCCUGAGCGUGAGGGUACCGUCAGUAUCGUCGGAGCCGUGUCUCCCCCUGGUGGAGACUUUUCUGACCCUGUCACUUCUGCUACCCUUGGUAUCGUGCAGGUAUUCUGGGGUCUUGAUAAGAAGCUUGCCCAGCGUAAGCAUUUCCCGUCCGUCAACUGGUCGCUUUCCUAUUCCAAGUACACCAACGUAUUGCAGAAGUGGUACGACCAGAAUGCACCAGAAUUCACGAAUCUCCGCGACAAGGCUAAGGAAAUCCUGCAGUCUGAGGAGGAUUUGGCAGAAAUUGUGCAGUUGGUCGGGAAGAGUGCCUUGGCUGAGUCGGACAAGAUCACGCUUGAGGUCGCCAGGUUGAUCAAGGAUGACUUCUUGCAGCAGAACGGUUACAGCUCCUAUGACAGGUACUGCCCACUGUACAAGACUACUUGGAUGCUCAAGGGUAUGGUAGGUUUCUAUAACUUGGCUCGCCAGGCUGUGGAGACGUCGAAUGGAGAGAUCACAUGGGCCAAGAUUCGUGACAACAUGGGUGAUGUCAUGCACAGCUUGAGUUCGAUGAAGUUCGAGAACCCUGAGGAUGGCGAGGAGGCUCUCCGAGAGCGUUAUGAAAAGGUCAUUGAGAAGAUGACGAACAAGUUCCGUGCGCUCACGGAGUGA